AUGGCCUUCCACACCCUUCUCCGCGCCGGAGUUCCAGCAGCUCUGGCGCGCAGGGCCUUUGCGCCCUCGAGACAAUAUGCUCGCUGCCUGAGCACCACUCCCGUCCGCCGAUCCGACGAUGACCUCAACAAGGUCUCCCGCUCCAUCACACAGCCCAAGUCACAGGGCGCCUCCCAAGCCAUGCUCUACGCCACAGGUCUCACCGAAGCCGAUAUGUCAAAGGCCCAGGUUGGAAUCUCGUCCGUCUGGUGGGAAGGCAAUCCGUGUAACAUGCACCUUAUGGACCUCUCUGCGAUCGUCAAAGAAUCAGUCGCGAAGGCUGGUUUGGUCCCCUACCGAUUCAACACUAUCGGAGUGUCAGAUGGUAUCUCGAUGGGUACAACGGGUAUGCGGUAUUCCCUUCAGAGCAGAGAGAUCAUUGCCGACAGUAUCGAGACUGUCAUGCAGGGCCAAUGGUACGAUGCGAACAUCUCCCUACCCGGUUGCGACAAGAACAUGCCUGGUGUCCUGAUAGCCAUGGGCCGGGUGAACAGACCAAGUAUCAUGGUCUACGGUGGUACGAUCAAGCCCGGGUGCAGCAUGGACGGUAACGUUAUCGACAUGGUCAGUGCCUUCCAGGCCUACGGACAGUACAUCUCCGGUGAGAUCAACGAGACGCAGCGCCACGAUAUCAUCCGACACGCCUGCAAUGGAAGCGGCGCAUGUGGAGGCAUGUACACCGCGAACACAAUGGCGUCGGCCAUCGAGACGCUGGGUAUGACGAUGCCGGGCAGCAGUAGCAGCCCCGCCGAGGACCCAGCUAAGAGAGCCGAGUGUGAGAACAUCGGCCAGGCGAUAAGGCACAUCAUGAAGGAGGACAUCAAGCCGAAGGACAUCAUGACGCGGGAAGCCUUCGAAGAGGCUAUGGUUGUGGUCAACAUUCUGGGAGGCAGUACCAACGCUGUGCUGCACCUGAUCGCCAUCGCCGACGCCGUGGGCAUCAAGCUUACCGUCGAGGACUUCCAGUCUGUGUCGGACCGGACGCCGUUCCUAGCAGACCUGAAGCCAUCGGGCAAGUACGUAAUGACAGACAUGCACAAGAUCGGCGGCACGCCAUCUCUUCUCAAGUUCUUGAUCGGGGAGGGUAUCAUCUCGGGUAAGGGCAUGACGGCGACGGGCAAGACGAUGAAGCAGAACGUCGAGUCGUGGCCAUCGUUCCCCAAGGAGCAGGAAAUUAUCCGCCCCUUCUCGAACCCCAUCAAGCCCACGGGCCACAUCCAGAUCUUACGGGGUGCCCUCGCGCCCGGUGGCUCGGUCGGCAAGAUCACGGGUAAGGAGGGUCUAGUCUUCACGGGCAAGGCCAAGUGCUACGACCAGGAGGGCGACUUCAUCGAGGCUCUGGAGGCAGGCGAGAUCAAGAAGGGCGAGAAGACCGUUGUCAUCAUCCGGUACGAGGGUCCCAAGGGCGGCCCCGGUAUGCCCGAGAUGUUGAAGCCGUCGUCGGCCAUCAUGGGCGCCGGGCUCGGCAAUGAUGUUGCGUUGUUGACUGACGGGCGGUUCUCCGGUGGUUCCCACGGCUUCCUGAUCGGACACAUUGUGCCUGAGGCCGCGGAAGGCGGGCCCAUUGGCCUCGUAAAGGAUGGCGACACUAUCACGAUUGAUGCCGAGAAGCGGGUCAUCGACACCGAUGUCAGUGACGCGGAUAUGGAGGCGCGGCGGAAGGCGUGGACGGUGCCACCGUCGCGGUACGCCAAGGGCACGCUGACGAAGUAUGCACAAUUGGUUAGCGAUGCUAGCUCCGGGUGUGUCACGACGGGGCCUAUCGAGACAAGCUCUUGA